UCUCCGCGUGGCUGGCGGAGGAGUUGGGGGAAAUUUGGGGGCGGGAUGAGCACAGUGGGUCCGCUGGAGUAUCUAGUACCCUGGAGCAGGAAUUCCGUAGGUCCAGAUGGUGCUGGAGACCAGACGGGGCCUUCAGGUUGGGCUGCCCCAGCACCCCAGUCAGUCGGAGGGCCGCUACCAGCCCUGAAGAGGCCUUGAGGGAUAGCGGAGGUGAGGCUGCCGCUGGAAUGAUGCCCACCGCCGUAUACUAGUGCAUCUCAGUUACUGAGAGCUUUGGAGGCAGCAAGAUCCAGCAUCCGCAUUCCUCACCAGUAAUCUUGAGACUUUAGGGCGGAUCUCAUGGGAGCCUAGGAGUCGAUAUUUUUUAGGGUUAAAUUUGCUUCUUACUGAUCAUAACUUUCUUUCACCUGGUGAGCAGUAAACAAAAUGUCAGGUUGGGAGUCUUACUACAAAAACGAGGGCGAUGAAGAAGAAGAACAAGAAGAGGGACUUGAAGCAGGUGUGUAUCCAGAGUGUGUAUACCAAUAAGAUCAUAAGCAGUGAUCAAGAUCUCUUGGCAGUGGUGUUCUAUGGUACUGAGAAGGAUAAAAAUUCAGUGAAUUUCAAAAAUAUUUACGUCUUGCAGGAGUUGGAUAAUCCAGGUGCGAAACGAGUGCUCGAGCUUGACCAGUUUAAAGGGGAGCAGGGGAAAAAGCAUUUCCAAGACCUAAUUGGCCAUGGAUCUGACUACUCACUGAGUGAGGUGCUCUGGGUCUGUGCCAACCUCUUUAGCGAUGUCCAGGUCAAGAUGAGCCAUAAGAGGAUCAUGUUGUUCACCAAUGAAGAUGACCCCCAUGGCCAUGACAGUGCCAAAGCCAGCCGGGCCAGGACCAAAGCUGGAGAUCUCCGUGACACAGGUAUCUUCCUGGACUUGAUGCACCUGAAGAAACGUGGGGGCUUUGACAUAUCCUUGUUUUACCGAGAUAUCAUCAGCACAGCUGAGGAUGAGGACCUAGGGGUUCACUUUGAGGAAUCCAGCAAACUGGAGGACCUGCUAAGGAAGGUCCGUGCCAAGGAGACCAAGAAGCGUGUGCUGUGCAGGUUGAAGUUUAAGCUCAGCAAAGAUAUAGCACUCACUGUCGGCAUGUAUAAUAUGGUCCAGAAGGCUGUCAAACCUCCUCCAGUGAGGCUUUAUCGGGAAACCAAUGAACCAGUGAAAUCCAAGACCCGGACAUUUAAUGUAAAUACGGGCAGUUUGCUUCUGCCUAGUGACACCAAGAGGUCUCAGAGCUAUGGGAGUCGUCAGAUUGUACUAGAGAAAGAGGAAACAGAAGAGCUGAAACGCUUUGACGAACCAGGUUUGAUUCUCAUCGGUUUCAAGCCCUUGAUGAUGCUGAAGAAACACCAUCACCUGAGGCCCUCCCUGUUCGUGUACCCCGAGGAGUCCCUGGUGAAUGGGAGCUCAACCCUGUUCAAUGCUCUCCUCACCAAGUGUCUGGAGAAGGAGGUCAUGGCAGUGUGCCGAUACACCGCCCGUCAGAACAUCCCUCCUUAUUUUGUGGCCUUGUUGCCACAGGAAGAGGAGCUGGAUGAGCAGAAAAUUCAGGUGACUCCCCCAGGCUUCCAGCUCAUCUUCUUGCCCUACGCGGACGAUAAGCGGAAGGUGCCCUUUACUGAGAAAGUCAUGGCAAACCCAGAGCAGAUAGAUAAGAUGAAAGCUAUCGUUCAGAAGCUCCGUUUCAACUACAGAAGUGACAGCUUCGAGAACCCGGUGCUGCAGCAGCACUUCAGGAACCUGGAGGCGCUGGCUUUGGAUCUCAUGGAGCCCGAGCAGGUGGUGGAUCUGACAUUGCCUAAAAUUGAAGCAAUAGACAAAAGACUGGGCUUCCUGGUGAGUGAGUUUAAGGAGCUUGUCUACCCACCAGAUUACAAUCCUGAAGGAAAAGUUUCCAAGAGGAGGCAAGAUGAUGAAGGUUCUGGAAGCAAAAGGCCCAAGAUGGAGUUAUCUGAAGAGGAUCUGAAGGCCCACGUGAACAAGGGCACGCUGGGUAAGCUCACUGUGCCCGUGCUGAAGGAAGCCUGCAGGGUGUAUGGGUUGAGGGGCGGAUUAAAGAAGCAGGAGCUGCUGGACGCACUUACUAAGCGCUUCCAGAACUGACCAGCCAGCCCGCCCCUCCUCCUGCACUCUUGCCAGGCUGCCUGGUUUUGUUCUCAUCGAGUUGAAACCUGUUUCUCCUGAGCCAGGAAGAGUCUGCCUGUUAUAAGCCAAGGACUUUACAUUUAUGAGAUGUUCCGUUGCCAUGGAAACAGCAUAGCCUUCUCACUUUGCUGUGCUUUAUUGUCUGAAUAAAGAGCCUUAACUUUGUACUAUA